AUGGCAAGGCCGGAUCACACACAGGUGCGCACGCUCUUCUUCGGCGACAUGCUGUCGCCUGCCUCUAUCCCACAGCGACCAUACACUGAGUGUCCUGAUGUAGCAGUGCUGCAGAAGGAGAUCGAAGCACAUUUGGUGAGCUACAACGAGAUGUCUUCCAAGCCCAUGGACUUGGUGUGCUUCCUUUACAUGUUGGAACACCUCGCACGCGUGGCUCGUGUCAUCAAGAGCCCGGGUGGAAACGCCCUGCUGGUGGGCUUGGGCGGCUCGGGCCGACAGAGUUGCACCCGCUUGGCCUGCUACAUGGCGGACUUUGCUGUCUUCCAAAUCGAGAUUGCCAAGGGCUAUGAUAUGUCAGCAUUCAGAGAGGACAUGAAGAAAAUGCUGACAAAAGCCGGUGGAAGCGAGGAACGCACGAUUUUCCUCUUCAGCGACACACAGAUCAAGGAUGAAGGCUUCGUGGAGGAUGUGAACAAUCUGCUGAACACAGGGGAGAUUCCUAACCUCUUUCCUGCAGAGGAGCGGGUUGCGGUCUGCGAGAUGGUGCGCAAGGCGGCCGUGGAUGAAGGGAAAGCUCCAGACGGGACCCUCACGCAGCUCUUUGCCUUCUUUAUCGAACGUUGUCGAGCGAUGGUGGGCUGUGUCGUGUGCUUUUCGCCCAUUGGAGACAAUUGGCGCACCCGGCUGCGACAGUUUCCUUCGUUGGUGAACUGCUGUACCAUCGACUGGUACACCGCAUGGCCACCUGAUGCUCUCAUGGCGGUGGCCACCAAAUUCCUGGAAGCCAUCCCAGAUCUGGACAAUGAGGUGCGACAAAACUGCGUGGAAAUGUGCCAGUACUUCCACCUGUCCUCGAAGAAGCUGGCCGUCCGCUUUGAAGAUGAACUGAAACGCAUUUAUUACUCGACGCCAACUUCUUUCUUGGAGCUGAUUCAAACCUUUAAGUCUCUUCUGGGGGAGAAGCGCGAUUCUAUCAGCAGCUUGAAAUCAAAGUACGAGGUUGGCCUGGAGAAGCUGACGACCACCGAGCAAUCGGUGGAAGGAAUGAAGCAGGAGCUGAUAGCACUUCAACCCAAGUUGGUGGAGAAGAACAAAGAGGUUGGAGAGAUGAUGAUCGUGGUGAAUGAGGAAAGUGCCAAGACAGAGAAGGUCAAAGAGGUUGUGGCUGCAGAUGAGGCUGUUGCCAGCAAGGCUGCAGCUGAAGCUGACGGCAUCAAGAAGGAGUGCGAAGAGGCCUUGGCUGAAGCAAUGCCUGCCUUGAACGAAGCGCUGAAGGCCUUAGAUACGCUUUCCAGCAAAGAAAUCGCAGAGGUGAAGGCCAUGAAGAAUCCGGCGGCACCAGUACGACUCGUGCUCUCAGCUGUUUGCGUUCUUCGGAAUGUGAAGCCUGUGAGGGUGAAAGACGAGAGUGGCAAAAUGGUGGAUGACUUCUGGCCAGCUGCUGUAAAGAUGAUCUCUGACAUGGGCUUUCUGCAAUCUUUGCAAACCUUCGAUAAAGACAACAUCCCACCUGCCACCAUCAAAAAGAUCGCGGAGUAUACGGUGAAGGAGGACUUUCAACCAGAUCGAGUCCAGAAGUCUUCGACGGCUGCUUGGGGUCUUUGCAUGUGGGUCCGUGCCAUGGAGACCUACGAUCGGGUGGCCAAGGUUGUAGCGCCAAAGAAAGACAGCCUGGCUGAAGCAGAAGCAGCCUACCAGGGAGUGAUGGGAAAGCUGCAGGAGAAGCGCGCCGAGCUGCAGAAGGUCAUGGAUGAGCUCACCGCCUUGAACGAGAAGCUCUCCUCAUUGAGGCAGGAACAGGAUAACCUGACCAACGAAGUGGACUUGUGCCAGAAGAAGCUCGAGAGAGCCGAGACGUUGAUUACCUCCCUGGGCGGUGAGAAGACUCGCUGGACGCAGAACGCCAUCGACUUGGCGGCCGAUUAUGUGAAUCUCACCGGUGACGUCAUCGUGGCCAGCGGCUUGAUUGCAUACCUGGGUGCCUUCACGCCGGACUUCCGCGAGAGUGCCGUGAGGGAGUGGGCGGGAGAGUCCCGGGAGCGUGCGAUCCCGGGCUCUGAGAAGUUCAGUUUGGAGCACUGUUUGGGUGAGCCAGUGAAGGUCCGUGCCUGGGUCGUGGCUGGCUUGCCCAACGAUUCCUUCAGCAUCGAGAAUGGCAUCAUCAUGGACAAGGCCCGUUUAAACCGUGGCCUUUGUGCAUCGACCCACAAGGGCAGGCGAAUCGGUGGAUCAAGAAGAUGGGUCAACCCCUUCAGCUCGUGGUGGCCAAGUUCACUGAUGGAGACUACCUGA